UACAUUCUGUCAUUUGCUCUUGACAAGUCGAAACUUUUUGCUUGGGGUGCCCCUCGUUGUGCGAUCGACAAAUGUAAAUAAAAAAAAGUUUACACAAAUAUUGAAUCGCAGAAAAGUUUGCAAGCUCCUGGACGGUGGGUUAAACUAAUAUUUACGGAAGCGACGAUAACGAUAAAUUUAAAGCUUCUUCUAGUACGAUAAUCGAAAAUCAAUUGUGUGAUGGAAUGUUCAUACACGCGCCAGUGUUAGUACCUAGAUGGCAAUGGGUUAGCUGAAGACAAGUUGAAAGAAUGCAUCUGUCAGAAAUUCCUUAGUUCAUCGUGAGGAAUUUCGGGAUUGUUAUCGAUGCAGCUCUCGACAAACGCACUUUAUUUAACUGGUUGGCAAAUAACUUAGUCUUCCCAUACGCGUGAAACAUGAAUAACGUCAUGUGCGCUACUGGUUCGAGAGGAUUAGUCUCACUAUAUUUAUAACGAGGUGUAUGCUGUAUGCAGUGAUGAGAAAAAGUGACACACAUUUUGACUCGUCCUGGUUAUGUAGAACUGUGCUGACUUCCUUCCAAAACCUUGGAAAGUAAAUGUGUACCUUCGGGAUAAUGGAUUGAAAUUAGCAUCGCCGAAAAGGAUAUCAUCGAUUGCAUUUUAACCAAAACAAAGCGAACCUCUUCCGGACGGAUAGCUAGCCGUGACACGAGGGUGCAUCCCUUUUCCCGAUGAUACGUUACAAAAGUGCGGUCAAGUGCAAACGUGAAAACGCUUCGUCAGUUUCCUUCCGGUUCCGGCGCACAAUCGGGUCAACGGUUCGUAGCAGGCGGAGCAAAGAGUAGAGAGCGGGGCAGAGUCGUUUCGAAAAAACGAAAAAUCAAUCGACGAUAUCGUGUCGCCGAUUGGGAGUUACUUACGAGUGAACGAACCAAAAUCUAUUUGUUAGGAUGGCCUACGCAUCGAACGAAACGCAUGACGCGCUGUGGAAGCAAAUACUGGAAAACCACUGGAAGUAUGUCGAGUCCGAGGAAUCGAUGCUAAAGAUCGAACUGCGGCGCGACCUAGAAGAUCUGAUAGAAAAACGAUUGGGAAAGGUGCCACCAAAUGAAAAAUUUUAUCUCGACGACACAAGAUAUGCUUUUGAUAGCUCGGUCGCACAUCUGGAUGAUUUUUCGGCCUAUAAAGCAUCGAUCGGAUUUGAGGCAAUCAGCCAAUACGCAAACAAUCUGUUCGUGAAACCAUGGCGAAAAGAAUAUAAAGUGAUAAAGAUGUACUCUGGAUUCUACCAGCACGAAAUAGCAGCCAAUUUGGUGAAUGCGGAAAAACUUUUCCAAGCCAUGGGCUAUCAGCUGAUGCCGAACAAAACGCUCAUCUUAGAUGGUCCUAUCUGUCCCGAUCAAGUAAUGAACGUUGCGCGUGACGCUAUUACAGCGUACGUAGAAUGUCAGAUGAUGAAACGAAUUUAUAGUGAGCUUACUUCGCUGCGGUUGUCGAUAGAUUGGAUUGAUAUUUACAACUUCAGAAGCUACCACGCAGCCGAUGUAAUGCAAACAGUCAAGCAAAUGGCACUAUCUAUACAAGAAAAGCAUCACAAAAAGCAACAAGCUAAAUUAAGAGACACGUACGGCAAUAAUAGUGCGUCCGCUUUAGCGCCUGCUAGUAGCUGCAAUUCAUGCAACCCGUAUCAAUUCCAUGUGCAAAGCCAACAACCUCCCCCAGUUCCACCACCGGCCGCUGCGUAUUGUGGUGCUAGUGGUGGUGGGAACGGUGUCGUUGUUGGCAGUAGUCAGCUGUAUAAUAGCGCUGUUGCUGCACCCUGUAGUAUUCAUAGCCAACAGCAUCACCAACAGCAACAGGCGCAACCGCCGCCGCCACCACCACCGCCCCAACAACAAUUGCCGGCAAGCGCAUACGGUGGUGCAUACCACCCUCAUCAUCUUCCUCCUUCGCAUCAUCACCAUCAUCAUCAUCUUCAUCAUAGUAGUUACCAGAACUUUCAAACGACGACGACUACAUCUGCCACGCAGCAGCAGCAACAGCAAAUUGGCGCACCAGCUCUGGGAACGAUGCCCCAUUCAAAAUCACUCGACCAUUACCAGGACGCUAAUAGUGCGGCUGCAGCUGCUGCUGCUGCUGCAUCGGCCGCUAACAUGUACGGCAUGAAUGUGUACAUGCAGAGACACUCCAUUGAUCAACCCUAUCACUACACGAUCGCUACGCCCUACGGUGGUUCGCAAGCUGCCGUUUCGUCGGCGACUGCUAUGCAGCCAACAUAUGAGGGUGGACCGCUCGAUGGGAUGCUAUCGUGUGGGGUGGCCGGCGGCUUAGGAAGUAGUGCUGGUGGAGGUGCCAGUGCUGGUGUAAGUUGCAGCAGUAACAAUCAUCCUUAUAACAAUGUUCCAGGCAGCGGACGCUAUCCGCCGUUGCAGUACGCAACCAACACCAACUUUCCAAUGGGGAUACCCCCCGGACCGAUGUUCAUGAAUGGUGGAAACCAGUUAAAGCAUCACCAAAAUGGAAUGGUGGAAGGAUGCGGAUCUUAUCGGCAUGCGGCUAUGAACCUAGGCUAUCCUUCUUACCGCGGUCCGAACGGUAUGAUGCCACCGCCACCCUACUAUCAGCCGGUGGAUUCAUCGAUCUAUGGUGGCACCUCGGUGGCGGCCGCAGCUACCCAAACUGCAGCGUACGGUACGGUGGCACAACCAGGAGCGUCUAUUUUAAGCAGCAAGAAGAAAAUGUAUGAAGAAUACGAUAUGGGGUCUGGUGUGCGCCGGAGUAACGAUACUUUACGAUCCGGCAGUGGAUGUGCCAAAAAGCUGGAUCGUUACCACAAAAACUCCGAGCUACUGAUUGAUUAUGAGAGUGACAUGCUGCCAGAAGCGUUGGCCGAAAGAAAUCUUAAAGAGCAGCAGCAACAGCAGCAUCAUCACCAUCAUCACUAUUUGCAUCACCAGACGUCACGCAACUCGCGGCAGUCGGAUUUCGACAGUUACGAAGAUGAACAGUUACAGCGAGAACAAGAGCAAAGUAGCAACGUAAGCCGUCGGAUUUCUAGCAAAAAUCAGGAUGGAAUCGGAUGCUACGAAACGUGGAACUACGUCUAUCAAAAUCUGGAAAAGCAAGGCUAUACGAAGGAUUUGGGCGAAAGAGGAGACUUUUUGGCAGAUGAAAUGGACGAUGAAGAUAACCGUGCAGGUAUGGUGGAGGAAGAAGCCAUUCGACGAAGGCGACGGAAUGAUAUCAUGGACGAGCAGGACGUUCAUCACCCCGCCAGGAGAGAAUCGACCAAUGCAUCCUCCAGCACGACUCUCCGACGCAAUCACAACGAGAAAUUAAAGGCUAUGAAACCGAAAGCUGCAGACAAGGUGGAUGGCAUAAGCCGGCCAUCUUCAGCUGCCAUUCUCUCGUCCAAGCAUAAUGCUAGCGAAGGGCGAAGACACGAACGUCAUCCUUCCUCUGGUUCGGGUGUGACCGCAACCAUGGUCCAGAAGGUAGCCAAAAUGUCGCUUUCCAAUGCCACGACCGAAGAUCUGUUAGGGCUGGAACAGAACGGUGGUGGUAAGAAUGAACCCAUGGCCAGCAGUCGAAUAAAUUCGGUGACGAAAAAACAGAUCACACCUCAGGGUUCGGGAUCUUCCUCGUCAACCGGUCCCGUGAUGCCUGUAAAGGAAACGAAAAACAGCAGUUCGACCACAGGAAUUUUGGUCAACAAUCACCAUAACCACAAUGCGAACAGCGGAACUGCAAGCGUUUACCAAGCGGGCAGCAACACGUCAGCGACGCAUGGGAAGAAGAAAACGGCCACAUUCGAUACCGGUGCGGUAACGAUAAUAAACCCCAGCCCGACAGGUGGCAGUCCCGGAAACGGAACACAAGGCGGUGCCGAAUGGAAUUGCAAUUUCUGUACCUACCUGAACCCGGAUGUCAAACGCAUCUGUGAUAUGUGCUCCAAGAGCCGCGAUUUUCGGCUCGAUGGCACGACGACCACCAGCAACGGAACUACGGCAACCUGUGUUUAAAUUCUGCUCCAGUACGAUAACAAUUUCGGAACGAUUCCUUUCCCCUAGCAACCUCCCCCCCCCCCCCCACCCACCUCCUCAUCGCCUCCUAUCAAGCGACCAUUUAUUGUUAAACGAGAUUGUUUUACCGUUGCCCAUCCAAAGUAGAGGAUAAUGUUAUCUCCAACAAAUUCUGUUGUUUUCACAAUUACAGUUGUUAUAAAAUUGUGUUGGGGUUGCCAUGUAUUGUUAUUCAGUUUAUUUUUACAUUUUUCUGAUAACAAUCCAUUAUAAUAAUAUGUUUUUUUUAUUAAACUUUUACAUCCAUUUUAAUUUGUUCCCACAAUGGUUAUAAAUCGGCGCGUUUUUGUCCUGCAAACAGUUAGACCAAUUCAGUCGAUUGUGCUUCUUUGGUGAAUAAACAGAACCUGGCGAAAAAAUAAGCUUCAGUGCUUUGCGCAUCUGUUGUUUGAAGAUUAGCAGAGGAGUAAUGAGAAUUUAAUCCCGGGGAAGUAACGUGAUUUGAUUCGUAAAGCCAAACCCGAAUGGAAAACAAUGCAACGAACGAUGAACGCGCGCAGGUGUAACAAAAAUUCUCAUUUAGUGUUGGAAAAAGUAAACGUUUGUGUUUCAAACCGUUUAUCGCUUUUGUGGCGCGCACAUAACUACACAAAGACAAAACGGGUCGAAUAUGGUUUAACCAUCGCGUUUGUGAAGGGAUGUGUGGCAAGAACUAGAAGCUUUAACGAUCGGUAACCUCCGUGGUGACCGAAGUAUGGUUAUAAGAAGUUAAAAAGAUCAAAUGGACAUGUGUUGCAAAUGCCGGCGAGAUUUAGCAAACAGUGCAACCAAACUAAAAUUCUAUUUGAUAAAAACAAAAUCAGCUGGAUAGGAUCGACAAUCGCGCUUUUGCAUACAUAAGUUUGCAUAAUGGCGCUAAACGGCCGGUUUCUCGAUGAACUAGAAAUGCGGGAGUAAGCAAGGGAAACCGUGGCUAAACCAUGAGGAAGAAACUCCAAUAAAUGGAUUGGUGGCACGUAGGAUGGAAGAAGCAAUUAAAAUUAUGUAGGGUGAGGAAUAGAUUCUACUAAUUGUUAUUAAUUAAUUUAUCCUCCAAUAAUGAAAUGUAAGCAGCCGCCGCUUACGGCUUUCGGAUCCUUCGAUUUGAAGUACGCUGCAAAAAGAUACUAGUCAAAGAAUGGAAUGAGUGGAAGAAAAUUCGCUACGAAAAAGGAAUAAAUGAGUUCUCGGUAAUGGAAAUGCCGCCACCUAAGCGAAUAAGCGUAUAAGAAAAGAUUGUACAUCAAAAAGUGGAUUGUUAUAUACUAUUUAAAGUUUAAAAUAUUUUUUUAGUUUUACAUCAAUGUUACUUGAGACAAAAUGCAAAUUGGAUUGAUAUUUACUGAUUAGGUAAAACCAAACGAGUAAAACAGAGUAAAUAACCCUACCGAGCACCAGACAGGGAUUAUCAAAUUGAACUCAACCGGAGAGGAUGGAAAACUAUAUGCGAAUAGGCAUUGCUGAGUAUUCUCUAUCUACAUUUUAUAGCAAAUUUCUAAACGAUCAAGCGAAUGGGAUAAAUUAAAGCAAAACUCACACACACAUAGAGGACAACCAAAACCUAAAGCAACCAAAUCACUAAAAGAACUUGAAAAAGCAAAUGCGUAAGUGUACGCGGAUGGUAAGGCUAACGGAUAGAACUAGUAACUACUUCUCCUGUGCAUGUGUGGAUUACCGGCGUGUAUGGGGAGACGACGAAAUCAUAAUGAAACUGUUUCGCAUAUUAUAGAUUUUAAUAAAACAAAAUGAUCCAUUUCUUUGUUUGCUGUUGAGAUAUA